AGCCUUGGAUCAAGCCUCAUAUUUCACCAAUGGAGCUGGACCUUCACGCGCAUUCACACCCCCCUGGGCCGAGCAACGAUGGCUCGCUUGCCUACCGACUUGAAGACUAUUUGUUGUCAGCAUCUUGCUUGAUGGAGCUCAACGGAUUUGCGCAGCGCCAUGCGCACAAGUUUGAAGAUGUUGGCCACCCAUGCUCUCCACGGCAUGAUCACCCGCAUGAUUGGUACGACCUUUUUCAGGAGUAUGAGGCGAUGAUGCGCAAGAGGACGGAUGAGUUUCUCCACCGCGAAGGGGUCACAGCGGAACAGGCGGUGGAAGAAUGUGUCCUGGCCAAGGAGACUGGGAGAUUCUUGGGCCAGGCUUUCGAGGUAGGGUAAGAAAAGCAUAGUGGCAGGGUUGGGCGCUCGGUGUCCCAAAGCCAAGUGGGAGGUGCUGAAAAUCCAAGAAACUUCAUGUAGAAUCAAAUAAGGCAUAGCUGUGGCAUAUUUGCCAGCUUGAUUGUCAGACAUGCUCCUUUUCAAGCCCUCGGUGGGGUAUGCAGGUUUCCGCAAGCGGAAUGAAGGAAACUCCAAGUUCCAGUACUUUGAGUACCUUGCGGCUGCCGUAGACUAUGUCCGCUUUCAUGCACUCAUGCUCGAUUUCAAGGAAGGCAGACGUGAUUUGACUCACUGGUGGACAUGCUUGCAGCUGGAGGAUGAUGAUUAGACACACGAGCUGUUUCCCUCCAAAGAUGUGUCAGUGGGGGGUGAGCAGGAAGCUCAUUCCCACACCACAGCAAGUCCACAUGCCCCAAGCCUUUGAAGGGGCUCCUUGUGGAUGUUUGAAAGCUGUGUGCGUUGUAGCCAGCACCCUGCUGGACAAUUCGUGCUUAGACACUGCAUGAACAGCCGCCUGGGACGACUCGGACAAGAGAGGGACCCGGUAGUUGUAUCUCACUUGACUGGAGCCGGCAGUCUAUUUAGGAUUGCAGGUAGUGGCUUCAGCUAUCUCAGUUUGGUAGAUGCUGAAAACAAUUGUGCCAAGUGUCCCAAUUGUUGUCACGAAUUGUGCCAAGUUCGUCAGCUGAACCGGGCACCUGCCAGACUAAGUCUUUCACAACGAGGUUCUCAGACCUGGCCAAAA